CAGUGCCCUUUAGAGUGUGCUUCAAGUGAAGAAAAUGUCAUGCAGUGCCCUUAACUUCAGUUAGUACUAUAUGUUUCUGGCUGAUGAAAUGUAUAGUUACAGUAGCUAACAAUACACACAGAGUGCUGCUCAUUAAAGAUUAACAAACACAGCUUACGAGAGCACAUGUGAUUUUAGAGGACUUUGAACAUGACACUACUUCACUGACAACAAGGAGGUUACUGCCUGAACUGCUAAAAGGAUGCCUCUCAUGAUGGAUGGAGGUCCCUCUAAACCUCGACUCGAUGCCAUCUGCAAAAUCAUUUUCCAUUUCACUGCUGCCGUCCUCUUCCUAACAUGUCCUUGCAGAGGUCAGUCUCAGAUGGUCAGUCCUUCACAGCCAAUUGUGGCAACAGUCGGUCAAGACAUCAUGUUACCAUGCCAUCUGGAACCUGCUGUUAAUGUCACUGACAUGACUGUGGAGUGGACGAGACCUGACCUGAAUCCUAGAUUUGUUUAUGUGUGGCGUGACGGUGUGGAACUAGAGAUGAAAAAACAUCAGUCCUAUGUAGGGAGAACAUCAGUGUCCAUCACCAAACUGAAACAUGGAGACAUUUCACUGAAACUCUGCAAAGUAAAAAUCUCUGAUAAGGGGAAAUACAGGUGCUUUAUUCCCACACUGAGCAGAGAAUCUACUGUUGAGCUUGUUGUUGGUGCAGUCUCUUCACUCACCGUUAGCUUAAUGAGGACUGACAAUGACCUCAGAGGAGCAGUGUUACAGUGUGAGUCUGCAGGCUGGCAUCCAGAGCCUGAGGUGCUGUGGCUGGACGGUGAGGGAAAGCUCCUCUCUGCUGGACCUACAGAGACAGUCAGAGGUCCUGAUGACCUCUAUACUGUCAGCAGCAGAGUGACUGUGGAGAAGAGACACAGCAACAGCUUCACCUGUAGAGUCCAACAGAGGAACAUCAACCAGACCAGAGAGACACACAUCCAGGUUCCAGAUGAUGUCUUCAAUGCUGUGUGUAGUUCUGCUGCUCCUGUCGCCAUCAGCUUGGCUGUGGUCUCCAUGGUUAUUCUUGCACUUGUCUUUGUUGUAUGGAAAUGGAGACAGAAACAAAAUAGCAACAACUUUAUGAGAAAAGAAACAAAAGCAACGACAUCAACUUUAGGUAACGGCACAGAACUUCAAUCGCUUAACGAGGAGAAAAGAGAAACACUUCCAGUCAUGGCUGAGAGCACGACAGUCAAGGAUUUGGAUCAGGAAAAGCUUGAUGUAAAAUUAAAAGAAGUUGAAGAACAAUGCAAAGAUGUUGAAGGGCUGCAUAAGUUCUUAGUGGAUCACAAAAAGAAUCUGUAUGACCAGAUGCAUCACUUGGGAUUAGAGCUGCAUGAUAUAGAGAUGCAAAGAGAUGAGAUUAUGUCAGGGGUAGAGAAAAUUAAACAGAAAGGAGUAAAUAAUGAUAAAAACGAUUCAGAAGAGAAAUGGGUUGAAAAACAGCGCCUAUAUAAGAAUACAAAUCUUGAUACAGCAAAGAAAGAACUUGAGAAAUGUAAACAGGAAACAGACAUAUUUUUAAGGUCAAUAUUUUGUGGUGUUACCAUGGUUACAGAGAGGAAGACAGUGUUAGAUAAUCUCAGGGAGCAAAUCAAAAAGCAACUGGAGGAGACAGAAGACCAGAGAGAAGAAACUGAAAUAAAAUUCAAGUCAGACCAUUACGAAACAUAAACACUAAAGAGGAUUCUUAAACAGCUGCAGUAAGUUUUUCCGACGGAUUAUAAAACAGUGACAGGAUGAGCUGUAAAAUAGCAUUUCUGACUGAGCAUUUCUUUAACGGAAGGGAGCCUUUCAUCACCAGAAGGACUAGAUUGGUCAUUUGUUCAUCAAAAGCCUAUGGUAAACUUAAAUUUCCCUGACAGGGACCUCUAAUGGCCACGUGAUGUAUGACUGACUGUCAGGAACAUAUGUAAAAGUAGUGCGGGUAUAGGAAGCCACUCUUUGUUUCCUAAUUUUCUUCCAGUAGUCAAUGCUAGUCUCUUUAAACCACGGCCAUGAUCUUACGGAGCAAUUUUUAACACCUCAGGGCCCUGUUGUUUAAAAGAACUCUGGCAGGAUUACUCCGACCUUUCAAAGGAAAAACAGGAUUUUGUGAUCAGAUAAGAUCAGGUAAUUCAAUCCAGUUUUUUACACGGAUCAAACCUCCAGUCUGUGUUGCUCAAAACAUUUGAAUAGGAUAAGUAUUACUCUGAUCCAAAAUAUCAGGAUUACCCUGAUCCCAGCAGAAAGCUGGAUUCAGACUGGAUUAAAGAGGGGAAAUGAAAUAGAACUUGAGUUUUUUAUUCAUUAAAGUCAAGACAUUAAUUUAAAAGAAGGAUAUGAAUUAAGAAUGUUAAAUGACAGUAGAUAAAAAUUAAAUCAUUAAAACUUAAAUCUAUGCAUAUGUUCUUAAUGUUUGCUGCCAUCUGCUGGUCAUUUUUUAGUUUCUUCCUCAGUUACAAGUUAGGCCCAGUGGUGUAAAGGCAUAAAGACAAACAGUGCAGAAAAUGUGUAACAUUUCUUUUGAAUGUUGAAAUAAAAAUGAAUAAUUUACCCCAUGUCAUGAAUACUUGAGAAAUGCUUCAAUAUGUUCAACUUGAAUUAUUGCAUCUGUAUCAUUACAAAGUGGGUGAGGCAAACACGGCUGUGGAUAAAAUAAUGAAUUUAUUGCUAAUUGAAUAUUCAAUGAAAUAGCUGUUAAUAUCAAACACAAUAUAAUUAAUUAAGGAUCUUCUUCUUUAAGUUCUGGUAAUCAUAAAGUGACCCUAUCCAGUUUUUUUCUGAACAACCGGGACAAAAGUGAGUUGGAUUAUGUGAUCCAUGGAAGAAAAACAAAAAAGUAUUACCAAAACCGAAUCAUUUGUCUGGAUUGCACCUUUUGAACAACCUUGCCCUGAUGUUUAGCUUUUUCUAGACUUUUAGCCAAAGUAAAGGCCCAUCUGUCUCUCCACCAAAGAUCUCGAAAGUUAUUCAUUAUUUUAUUACCUCUCAGCUAGAUUAUUGUAAUUCUUUGUAUGUGGGUGUAGAUCAGUCGCCACUUUGUCAUCUGCAGUUAGCACAGACUACUGCUCGUCUUCUAACUAUUAAAAGAAAAUAGGACCACAUAACACCAGUACUGGCCUCCCUCCACUGGCUUCCUGUCUGUUUUAGGAUUGAUUUUAAGAGUUACUUACUUGUUCUUAAGGUCUGGUCUGAUCUUAUCCAGCAGAACUACUGUAUCUUCAUGCUCAAAUUAGAACACUAAGGUCAACCGAUCAGAUGCUCCGAGCAGUAGACAAAAAACAGUGGUAACCAAGCCUUCGCAGUGGCUCCCCCUAAACUCUGAAACAGCUUACCCAUUGGUAUAAAAACUGCUGAGGGUACAGACACUCUGCCGCUGAAGGCCCACCUCUUCUCAUUGGCAUAUUAUUGAUUUGAGCCCGACACCUUCACUAACUUCAUCGUCUGUUGUGCUACAAUUUGCUCUUUUAUGUUUCUUAUUUUCUAUUGUUCUGAUUUUUGUUUGCUUUUGUAUUUAUCUGUUUUGGUAUUUCAUGCCUGUUCAGCUCUUAAUUGCAAUUGUUUGUAAAUGUGUUCUACAAAUAAAG